CCGACGAUUGACAUAUUUCCGAAGAAUUUUCUAAAAGUUUGUAUCAAAAAUUGUAAAGAAUUUCCAGAUAACAAAUUGAAGGGGAGACACCAUGGCCAAGGACUUCUACAAGAUACUGGGAAUCGGGCGCGGAGCCAGCGACGAUGAGAUCCGGAAGGCGUACCGCAAGCUGGCGCUGCGCUACCAUCCGGAUAAGAACAAGCAUGUCCAGGCGGAGGAGCGCUUCAAGGAGGUGGCCGAGGCCUACGAGGUGCUGUCGGACAAGCGGAAGCGCGACCUCUACGACGCGCUGGGCGAGGAGGGACUGCGUCGUGGUUCGUCAGAGCAGCGCAGUGAUGAGGGCAUGGCUUCCGGAGGAUCAGGAUCCUUUAGCUACCAAUUCCACGGCGAUCCGCGCGCCACCUUUGCCCAGUUCUUCGGCUCCAGCGAUCCCUUUACCAUGUUCUUCGAGGACAUGGAGCACUUCUUCCUGCCCAACGACAACGAGGAGUUUAGUGAACGCACCGGCCGACUUCCCCAGGAUCCGCCCAUCCUGCACGAGCUGCAUAUUGCUCUAGAGGACAUAGCCAGCGGUUGCACCAAGCGCAUGAAGAUCUCCCGCCUUUCGCUCACUUCCAACGGCCUGCCCAUCCGCGAAGACAAGGUGCUCAACAUCGAGAUCCGUCCGGGCUGGAAGUCCGGCACCAAGAUCACCUUUCGCCGCGAGGGCGACCAGUUGCCCAACCGAGUGCCCGCCGACAUAGUCUUCGUUUUGCGGGACAAGCCGCAUCGGGUGUUUCGCCGCGAGGGCAGCGAUCUGCAUUACACCGCGAACAUUUCGCUGAAGGAGGCGCUUUGCGGUGCCCGCCUGGUGGUGCCAACGCUCCAAGGAGAGCAGCUAGAGCUCUGCACAAAGGGUGAGGUGAUCAAGCCGCAGUCCACGCGCCGCUUUCCUGGCCACGGAUUGCCGCAUCCCAAGGAGAACAGCAGCCGUGGCGCCAUUGUCGUCAGCUUCGCCAUUCAGUUUCCGGACUCGAUCUCCAAGCAGCUCACCUCCUCGCUGGCCAGCCUGCUGCCCAAUUGAUUAAAUUAUGGGUUUCCGGUUGAAACAGAAACAGAAA